AUGGAACCACUUGCAGCGAAUGAACAUGGGGCGGGAGCGGCCUGGGCGGCCAUCAAGACAGACGCUGGCGGCGGCAAAAAGCGUAAACGUUUGCAAAAGAAAGCACCUGGUGCGCCUAAACGUGGCAAAUCUCCGUAUAUUCUAUUCUCUAUGGAAAAGCGAGAGGAGAUCAAGGCGACAAUGCCCGACAAUUCCAAGGUGACGGAUGUGAUGCGUGCGAUUGCCGACGCUUGGGGAAAGAUGAACGACGAUGAUAAACAGCCAUGGAAAGUGGCAGCUGAGGCUGAUAAGCAGCGUUACGAAGAGGAAAUGGCAGCCUAUGACGGGCCUUUGCGCGUCCCCAACAAGCGUGCAAAGAAGCAUCCAGACGCUCCAAAACGUGCGUCCUCGGCCUUUCUUUUUUACAGUCAAGUGAUGCGUCCACGCAUUAAGGCCGAACAUCAAGACAUGAAGAACACGGAGAUCUCGAAGCAAUUGGGUGAGGCCUGGGCCAAAGCCACAGACGAGCAAAAGGCCCCGUUUGUUGCAAAAGAGAAGAUCGACCGUGCACGGUACAAACGUGAAAUGGAAGAAUGGAACAGUCACAAGGCGGAGCGUGAGUACAACGAGUCUCAACAGCAGUUUAAUAAUUACGCCGCUAUGACGGGCUUUGACCAGAUCAGCUACACGGGCUCGUACUCAACUACGGAGGUGUAA